CCAACUCCAGCCCUAGGGUUUCAGAGUCUCACUUCCUCCUCGGCCGUCGUACCAAAAUGCCUAAGCAAAUUCAUGAGAUUAAGGAUUUCCUUCUUACGGCAAGAAGRAAGGAUGCACGGUCAGUGAAAAUCAAGAGGAGCAAGGAUGUUGUCAAGUUCAAAGUUCGGUGCUCAAAGUACCUCUACACUUUAUGUGUCUUUGAUGCCGAGAAGGCCAAUAAGUUGAAGCAAUCUCUUCCUCCAGGCUUGAGCGUGCAGGAUCUUUAGAUGCAAUCUUUCUGUGGUCAGCUGGUAUUCAAGUUUUGGCUUACUAAAAUUGCAAUUUUUUGUUUUCUGAAUGUUGUUCUACCAUUUUGGUUAUAAAGACUUAUUGGUUCCGAGAAUGGUAUGAGUUGUGAAAUUUGCAUUAUUCUUC